UUCAGAUUAAAUAGGUACCAUGUCAUGUAGAGGAAAACUUAUGCUAGAAUUAGCAUUAAAGGCUAAGGAAAACAGUGAAGAAAACCCUGAGGAAAAUAGUACAGGAUGUGAACUUGCUGUUGACCCUCAAAUCAAUGAUGACCAUCUGCUGCCAUCAGCAAGCAUUACGGGUGCAAGCUCUGCUUCAAAUAACAGGAAGUCUUCUUCUAGUAGUGACUCGUCCUCUAGUAGUGACUCGUCUUCUAGCAGUGAAUCAUCUUCUAGCAGUGACUCAGAAACUGAAGAUAUUGACACAGAUGAUUCCGUGAAAGAUAAGGACUAUAUCCCAAGCAAAGAGGAAGAAGAGACCUUGAAGAGAAGGACACAGUUGAUAAAAUUCCUGUACUAG